AUUUCAUGCAUUAGCCGGGCCCAAGAUUUCAUUAGGGAAUUAAGACGACUUUCCUACUACAGUCCACAUACCUAAUUUGAAUGUUAGAAAUGCUCGCAACACACCAUCCUGCUCGGCACCUGGUUUCUGUGUAUACCGGAACACCUAUGCAUUAUCCGCGGUUCAUACAAAUGAAGAAAUCUAUUCCUAGUUUGUACAUAAAAUAUUGUAACAGAAGUGCACGUGUAGAUAAGAGCCCCAAUAUGCUCUUGGGUACAUCCGCAAAUCAGUUUCAAGUAAUUUUUUCCAUUUAAUUAGUUUUCUCAAUAGAAACUCAAGGUCUCUUCAAUACCCACUCGGGCUUACCUUUAAUUUUGCUCCUAACAUUAUUCAUCAAUGGUGGGCAGCUCCUGUUCUUUAAUGGAUAGGAGACCACCAUUUCAGAAACUUCAAGGCAGUCCUACACUGAGGAACAGCCAAUCAUGCCACUAUUUUGCCAGAGUGGCAAGAUUUGGGUGCUUAAAUUUCUCCCAGAAAAUGCACAAAUGCAUUGGUUUGACGAGAAAUUUAAGAACCCAAUACAGGAUUAGUACAGACUUAAGGAAAUUCAAUGAGGUUAGUGAUUUGAUUAGAGAUUCAAGGACCCAAAACAGGAAUAAUACAAAUGGAUUGAGGAAACUCCUGGAGAUUAGGGCUCAGGUGGUUUCCGGAGCAGAUGAAGGACUUCCUGAAUCUAUGGGUAAGUUGGGUGCAGUCUCAGGAGCAUCACAGUCGUCAGGCUUGGUGGAAUUUAUUACUUCAGAGAGAGUGAAGGUUGUCGCAAUGGUGGCACUGGCAUUGGGGCUCUGUAACGCUGACAGAGUUGUAAUGUCUGUUGCCAUCGUGCCUCUCUCAUCUACUUAUGGUUGGAGCACCUCAUUCUCUGGAGUUGUUCAGUCAUCUUUCCUAUGGGGAUACUUCAUGUCCCCUAUUGCUGGAGGAGCAUUAGUAGAUCGCUAUGGUGGCAAACAUGUCAUGGCAUGGGGUGUAGCAGUGUGGUCACUGGCAACCUUUCUUACUCCAUGGGCUGCAAGUCAUUCCUCCCUAAUGCUUCUAUCUAUGCGCAUGUUGCUUGGUAUAGCAGAAGGUGUAGCUCUGCCUUGCAUGAACAAUAUGAUCUCAAGGUGGUUUCCUCGUACAGAGCGUGCAAGAGCAGUGGGUCUCUCAAUGUCUGGAUUUCACCUUGGCAGUGUCAUAGGCUUGAUCACUUCACCUAUCAUAAUGGCACAGACAGGUGUCUUUGGUCCUUUUGUUAUCUUUGGGAUUAGUGGUUUCCUUUGGCUUUUAGUAUGGGUGACAGCCAUAUCAAGAAGUCCUCAGUAUCAUUCUCAAAUAUCCAAAUCUGAACUUUCGUACAUUCUAAAGGGAAAUGAAAAUUCGAUGAAUAUUGGGACAGAGAAAAUGCCCAAAAGUUCUGGCAGACUACCUCCCUUUGGUCUUCUCCUUUCCAAGUUGCCAACAUGGACUAUUAUAGUUGCCAAUGCUAUGAACAAUUGGGGUUAUUUCAUCAUUCUCUCUUGGAUGCCUAUCUACUUUAAAACUAUCUAUGGUGUGAAUCUCAAGCAAGCUGCAUGGUUCAGUGCCAUACCAUGGGCAAUGAUGGCAGCUUUAGGAUAUGUUGCAGGCGCAUUCUCAGAUAAUUUAAUUCAAUCUGGUUUCACUGUAACAUUUGUUCGCAAGCUCAUGCAGUCCAUUGGUUUCCUUGUUCCAGCAGUGGCACUUAUUGGUCUAAACUCUGCCAAGAAUCCAUCUAUAGCAUCUGCUUGGCUCACGGCUGCAGUUGGUUUCACAGCAUUCAGCCAAGCGGGUUUUCUUGUCAAUCUUCAGGAGAUCGCCCCUCAGUACAGUGGAGUUCUUCAUGGUAUGUCAAACACUGCUGGAACAUUGGCAGCUAUCAUUGGCACUGUUGGAACUGGAUACUUUGUAGAAUGGAUGGGUUCUUUCCAAGGCUUUCUCACAUUUACUGCAGUAUUAUACUUCAUUUGUACUAUCUUUUGGGAUCUUUGUGCUACAGGGGAACGCAUAAUUUAAACCAAAGACUCGACAGGUCAUUUUGCUUAAAUUUGUAAAUGGAGUUUUUAUUUUGAAGUGCGUGAAGCCGACUCAAGGCCAUAUAAUUUUGACUUAAUAUUAACACACAUGAUUCCCAAAAUGAUAUUACAUAACUGAAAACUCUACCUGUUAUUCUGCUUAUUCUUGUAAAUGGAGCUAGUCUGAUGAGGCGCAGAAUUCAGCAGAAAUGUAUAUUUAGGAUAACAGAAGCCAAAUUUUAUGCAUAAAUUAAAUUGAUGUUUGUAAUUGCCAAGUGGACAGAAGAAAUGACGUUGGUUUAAAGAA